CUCCUCCUCUUCUUCCUUCUCCGCUUCCCACGCCCAACAGCUACAACAUCUCACCUCGCCCGCCAUGCUCUCACCCCCCUCGCUGACGACAUGGGUCGACUCGCCAGACGGGACGCUCUGGCACCCUCGCGCCCAGAUAUACGGCAAAGACGUACGGCUGAUCCUGUCCACGCUCGUCGGGUCGCUCCUCGUCUGGCUGGCAAUGACGAUCCUCUCACUCCUCGACUCGCGCCGCAAAGAGUCGCCCGUUCACGCCCAUCACCCGACACCACCGCAGAUCCAGCCUGGGUGGGAGGGAAAAUGCCUAGAGUCGACGGAAUUGCUCGACCCAAAGGACACUCUCGGUCUGCAGAUCCGCUGCUUCGAUGCCAGCACAGGGUGGCACCUUGCGACGCUCGAGGCUGAUACGAGGCAGACGAUCGAUGACAAGUUGGCCGCGGCUAGUGAGGCGGCAAAGAAGUGGGAAGGGAGCGAGUGGAGCGCGAGACGUAGAUUGCUGCGCAGUAUCCUUGCAUGGAUCGUAGAGGAUCAGGAGAAGAUUGUUCGCGUUGCGUGCAGAGAUACGGGAAAGGCGGCCGUCGACGCCUACUUUGGGGAGAUCCUCACCACGUCGUCCAAGCUGCACUACCUCAUCGAGAAUGCCGAAAAGGUCCUACGCCCCGAGACUCGUCCCAACGGCAACAUCCUCCUAGCCCACAAGCGCAGUCGCGUCCACUACAAGCCUCUGGGCGUCGUCGCGGCCAUGGUGUCAUGGAAUUACCCCUUUACCAACAUCCUCAGCCCAAUCGUUGCCGCCUUGGCCUCGGGCAAUGCCAUUGUGGUGAAACCAUCGGAGCACGUCGCCUUCAGCACGACGUACUACGUGCAGUGUCUGCAUCGUCUGCUCAGCGCCAUGGAAUUGCCAACGUCCUUGAUCACGCUAGUCCUCGCUCACCCACCUCUGGCCCCCUACCUCACCAUGCACCCACGCAUCAAACACAUAACAUUCAUCGGCAGCGAGGCCACGGGUCGUAAAGUAAUGAUCGACGCGGCGCGCAACCUGACGCCCGUGGUGCUCGAAUUGGGUGGCAAGGACCCAGCGGUACUCCUUCCGGACGUGUACAUCGCGAGCGUAGCGCCCAUCCUGAUGCGCGCCGUCUACCAGUCGGCGGGGCAGAACUGUAUCGGCCUGGAGCGCUUCAUCGUCCACGAGACGCGCGUCGCUGAGCUCGUGGCGGCUAUUGAGCCUCGCGUACGUGCGUUGCGCUGCGGCUCCUGGAUGGAGGAUACGGCUCAGGGUCGCAACGACGACAAGGGAGAAGACCCGCAUCACGUAGACAUGGGAGCCAUGAUCAGCUCAGCGCGUUUCGACGAGCUCGAGUCCCUGAUCAAGUCGGCCAUAUCGCAAGGCGCAAAAUUGCACUGUGGCGGGUCGCGUCUGCGUCACCCACGCUGGCCUGCAGGCGCUUAUUUCCAGCCUACGCUACUCAGCGCCGUUACACCGGAAAUGGCCAUUGCGCAGCAAGAGGUGUUCGCCCCCAUCUUCCUCAUCAUGCCCUACGCCGGGAAACACCAUCGCCAAGCCGUCGAGUCUGCUGUGCGCAUCGCCAACGAUGGCACGGGGAUGGGUCUGGGCAGCUCGGUAUUUGGCCAAUCCGAGGCACCCGUCCGCUGGGUAGCCGAGCGCAUGGAGGCAGGAAUGGUCAACCUAAACGAUUUUGCCGUCUCUUACCUCAACCAGGCCUUGCCCUUUGGAGGUGUCAAGCGAAGUGGGUUUGGACGUUUCGCCGGUCCAGAGGGAUUGCGUGGAUUGUGCUACGCUCAAGCUGUUGUGGAGGAUAGACUUUUCAAGAGUGUGAGGACAAAGAUACCGGGAGUGGUGGAUUAUCCUAUGGCGCCUAGUCGCGAUGCGUGGGCGUUUGUGAGUGGGUUGCACGAUAUGGCUUUUGCGCCGGGGGUGGGGCAGAGGGCGAGGGGACUGUGGAGUGUGGUGAGGGGGGCGAUUAGGGGAAAGCCGGUGCGGGGGGGAGAGGAGGGGGAGAAUGGGGUGGUGGCUAAGAAGGAGAAGUAGGCGCGCGUGGGCGGCGAGGAUACCAAGGCGAUCAGCGCAAUCACUAGCACUCGUGAUCCCACAAUCAAACCGAUGGAUCACUGCAUCUAAUCUCUCUCUCUUGUAUUCCCCGUCUUUCAUUCGCCCCCCUCGCAUUCUCACGGAGGCCCCGCCUUGACCAAGUAACUCUUCCCGCUCACC